UUUCGAAACCCGCGAGAGAGCUCUCACAGUGACAGGGCGCCCUUUUUCAGGGAGACGCUUGAAGAGCUCUCAGAAGGCUCCUGCUUUCCUUCCUCUCUGGUCUUCAUUCAAUCUCGGGGAGUUUCAUGCUUAAAAAGUCACAAGAUGGCAAGCCACAAUGAGGACUUGUCACAGAUUGGCAUCUCUCUAGAGGAGAAAGACAAACUUGUUGCAGAAGUCAUCCGCUAUGUUUUAUUCAAGACACACCAAAGUGGGGGAUGUCCUAUAAAGAGAGAUGAAUUAACUCAAUUGAUAACAAAGAAUUAUCACCAACGUUCCCUUCCCGCACUUGUAAUAAGCGAGGCCAGAGAGAAGCUAUCGAGUAUUUUUGGGUAUGAGAUGAGAGAACUUCAACGUUUGCGUCCUAGCUCACAUAAGCAGAGCCGUGCUUCUCAACAGAGUGCUAUUGAUCCAAAGUCUUAUAUAGUGGUCAGUAAACUGCCUGCUGACAUCUAUUGCAAAUUUGUCAACAAUAAGGAGAAUGCACAUGUUACUGGCUUCACCUUUGUCGUAAUCAGCAUUGUACAUCUCGCUGGAGGUAAAAUCUCUGAAGAAAAUCUAUGGCAUCAUUUGAAACGGUUGGGAUUAAAUGAGAGUGAUGAAAAAGAUCCAUUGUUUGGCAGCACAAAGCAAGCACUAGAGGCACUGGUGCAACAAAGAUAUUUACAAAAGGAGAAAGUUAAUGGUCCUGAAGGCAACACAGUGAUGUAUGAACUUGCUGAAAGAGCACUUGAUGAAUCCGUGUAUGAUAAAGUAAAAGAUUACAUAGCACAGAUUGCAAACAAGGAUGCUACUGCAGGAGCUCAAUGAGUUUUCGGAUAUGAAGCCAUGUUCUUGAUGUUUGUUGCAGAGGAUCAAGGCCGGUGUUGAGCUGUGAUACCAAACUGGGGAACUUUUUUGUAAUCUACCAUAAUUUUUCAGUUUAGACAUGUUUUGUGAGUAAUCAAACCAUCACUAAAUGAUAUGUAUGUGGUCCGUUCUUCAUCAUGUUCAAGUGUUCAAUCAACUUCUUAUUUGGUGGAUU